UCAUAACAUGUCAAUUCUCAUUUCUCAACGUGUGUGAUUAAAUAAAUAACCUCAAAGUUAAUGUGUUUGGAAUAAAAUUAAUUUAAAAUGGAUGAUUUACAAAUGAAUAUAUCAGUUCUGAAGAAGAAACCUAAGAGGAAUAACAAACCAGAAUCUUUGCCAAACAACGCUUCAGAUUACAAGUUUAAGCCUAAACCCGACUUUAGCGGUAAAAUAAUUGCUAGAAAAAGAGCCCAAAAUACAGGUCCAAGGAAAUUUCUAGUAAAAAAUUCAGACGAACCGCAAAACAAGGUACCCAAACUGUCACAGUCUACUUCCUCAAAGGAACAUAAUUUAGCAUCAACUUUGCGGGAUCUCAGUGAAAAUACAGGCAAAUUUCAUGGCAAAAAUUAUCAGGAGAUUAACGAUGAAAUACAGAUUAAACAGAAACCUCGUAGCGGGCCCUGGAUAUCAUCUUUAUUCAAAAAUAAUCCUGAAGUUCCUAAAAUGGGACAGAAAGCUGUCAAACCAUUAGUUGAAAAAGUUUUUGCUGGCAAGACAUUUUCAGAUUUAAAUAUUCACCCUCACAGCAUUGCUAAUUUGAAACAAAAUCUUAAUUUGACUGAGUUGAUGACAGUACAACAAAAUGCUGUUCCCAUUAUUUUAGAGGGUAGAGAUGUUUUAAUCAGAUCACAAACAGGAUCAGGGAAGACUCUGGCAUAUGCUUUGCCUCUCGUUGAAGGACUACAGGCAAUAAGGCCAAAAAUAAACAGGCAUGAUGGUGUUAGGGUUAUUGUUGUGGUGCCUACCAGAGAGCUAGCUGUGCAAACAUACGAGUUGUUUGUUAAACUUGUUAAGCCCUUUAUCUGGAUAGUGCCUGGUUUACUGAGCGGUGGUCAAAAGAGAACAGCAGAGAAAGCCAGGUUACGAAAGGGCUUCAGUAUAUUAGUUGGAACUCCUGGCCGUAUUAAUGAUCACUUAAGGCAUACACAUUCAUUAAAUUUUGCUAAAACUGGGUGUCUUGUACUAGAUGAAGCAGAUAGAUUAUUGGACAUGGGUUAUGAAAAAGAUGUAGCUGCUAUUGUGAAAGCCAUUGAAGACCACAAAAAAGCAGCCACUUAUGACCCUCUCGCACUUAUAAAACAAACCAUUAGUAAGAAAACUGAUGAUAAUGAUGAUAAUCAAGAUGAGAAAGUUGAAAAUUGUGAAGACAAAAUAGAACCAGACAUUAAACAUCCUUUAACCAAAGUUUUUUUGUCUAAAGAAAGGCAAACUAUACUCCUCUCUGCAACACUUACAAAGGCUGUCGAAAAUUUAGCGGGAAUAACAAUGCAGGAUCCUGUAUUUGUAGAUACAUCUGACGGUAAAACUCUUGUCGCUGAUUCGUUGAAACUAACCAAACCAAUUACUGAAAAUGUAAAAUUAGAUCACCAAUCUCUGGAUGAUAAAAAACAGAAUGUUGUUAUUGAAACAGAGAAAACGGUUAGUCCUAUAAAAGAAGUGAAUGAUGACAAAGAAAAAAGUCGAUCAGGUCUAAAAGCUUUCAAUGGAUCUAAGCACCCUGAAUUAUUUGGUACCAUCAGUAAUAAUGAAGUUUUAGUUAAAAACACAAAAUUAACUGAUGUUAAACACGACACGGAAAGUGAUAGUGAUUCAGAUUAUGAAUAUUUUAAAGUUCAAAAAGAGAUAGAAAAUAAAAAAGAAAGUUCAAAAUCAGAAGAAGAAAACGUGGAAGAAAAAGAUAUUCCCGAAACUAAAAAUACCUUUGUGCAAGCCAUUAAAACAGCUAUUGUCGAAGAUGAACUUAUAUUGCCAGCGUCAGUUAAUCAGACAUUCCUCGUUAUACCAAUGAAGCUUAGAUUGGUAACAUUAUGCUCCCUUAUAGUUGAACACUGUGUACUAAAUAAAAAGGGAGGUAAAAUGAUAGUUUUUAUGGCAACUCUAGAAAUGGUUGACUAUCACACAGAGUUAAUAGAGACAGUUUUAACUGGUAAGGAUUUAAAAAAGAAAAAUAAUACAAAAGCUAAGAAAAGAAAGGCUAACAAAGAACAGGCAAGUGAUGAGGACGAUUCAGCAUCAGACGGAUCAGACUUUGAGAUAGAUUACGAGGCGCCGGGCGAGGGGGGCCUAGUGCCCCUCGAUCUGGAUGUGUUCAGCUUACACGGCUCAAUGCCGCACGAGCGGCGGAUAGAAGUAUUCAAGCAGUUCCGUGCGGCAAAGAGGGGACUACUUAUUUGUACAGACGUAGCAGCAAGAGGACUGGAUCUACCUAAAGUGGACUUAGUGCUGCAAUACUGCGCUCCGGCUUCCGCUACGGACUACGUUCACAGGGUAGGGCGGACGGGACGCGCGGCGCAAGUGGGUGCGGCCGUGUUGUUCCUUCUACCCAGCGAGGCAGAAUUCGUGAGGCAUCUAGAACAAAAGCGUGUAAGGUUGCGGCAAUCGGACGAGUCGCGGGCAUUAGACGCGUUGCAGUCCGUAGUACCCUCGGCGCCGACGCGCCAACGCGCGGCCAUCGCGGUGCAAACUAAACUCGAGUACACCGCACACAGCUCCAAGGAGUGGCUGGCGAGAGCUAGCAGAGCGUUCACAUCAUGGGUGCGUUUCUACUCCGGCUACCCGCGCGAGGUGCGCAUGUGGCUGGACGCUCGACUUCUGCACUUAGGCCACGCGGCUAAAGCCUUCGCACUGAGAGAAACUCCCGGGGCACUGGCCAGGCGCGCUCGAUCUGACCCGAAGAUGGAGAAAGAGAGGCCCACUAACCGAUUGACAAUACAUGAUGAGGAAGAUAAGAAACGACCUGGGUUCCCGAAAAUGAAAGUGGGUGUGUUCGCACACAAAAUGGUCAACAAACAGAGCUCUAUGCAUACGGCUAGUGAAUUUGAUAGUGGGUUGCCACCAGUCGACAGUUAUACGAAAAAAAUCAAAAAGAAUAUGUAGAUAUCUAGUUAAAUCUUUAUGCCAUUGUAAAUAAAGUUUU